AUGCCAUCCUUUUUCCGCCGAAAACAACCGUCUCGCGACUCGCCCGCCUUUCGUUCUGUCGAGCAUCUUCCUCCCCCCGACUCUCUCGACCCUCCGUCUGUCUCCACCGUCAACACGAACAACACGGACAACACGAACAGCCACGCUAUAAAUCCUCCUCCUGCCCAACCUCCCUCGCACCAGCACCAUUCCUUUCUUCGCCGAUCGCGCAGUCAACGCCAUCCCAGACCCGUCGACCCCGACCCGGUAUUCAAGAUCUCUGCUGCGCCUCCCCGCAUCGUCGAUGCUGACCAGUCGUGGCCCCCAUCGCCUGCGCAGCCCGAAGAUCAGGAGAAUCCCCGCCGCUCGCGUCGGAGUCUGUUCACCUUUCACUCCUCGCCUCCCUCCAAGGAGUCCGUCACAUACCCCGAGCGCAACCAGUCGUUGAGAAAUCCCUCGCCUGGGCCGCAGCGUCGUCAGCGUCCAUUGUCGGUCGACACCAGCGACCACCAGCCGCCCUCGCGAUCUCGAGAGCAUGUUCGAUUAGAAAAGACCCCUCAGUCGCCGAUGCCGCAGGACGCUGCUUUCUCGCAUGACCACGCCCGUCCUCCCCGUUCGCCCCAUCCCCCCCUCAUCCAACGCUCCCACACCGACUCGCUAGAGACUCUCUAUCGCGCCUCGCCCAUUGACCCGCCCGCGCCGCGUCACCCCGCCGAAUUGACCCCCGGCCAGCCCCCGACCGAUCACAUCCGGCCUCCCUCCCGUCAGUCCGUCGGUCCGCCGUCCCCGUUGCGUCCUUUGCCUGUAAAUACCGACGGGGCCUCCUCGAGCGCAAUGUCCGAUCGUCCCUCGGGCGGUGCCCAGGGACCGCCCGCGAACCAAGGAUCCGCCCAGGAGACCGGCUACCGCAGCGGUCCCGGCCAGACCUCCGAACCGGGUCGUAGUACCCCGUCCAGCCAGCGCGGCCGCGACGAGGAAAUCGAAUUGAAAACGGUGUUGCAGAAAUAUGACGAGCUUCAAGCAAAAUACUCCAAAGUCAAACGCUACUACUUUGAAAAAGAUGCCCAGGUGCAGCAUCUCCAGAAUACAGUCGCCCACCAGCGCAUGGCGGUGUCGCGCACCGUCCUCGAUGACAACGAGUACGCCAACCGGUUUGGUCGACUCGACGGCGCCAUCAAGGACCUCGCUUUCUCCAUCCGCAAAGACUGGGCCCGCAUCCCGCCGUGGUUUGCGGGGUACGUCAACGAGGACGCCCACCAGGCCGGCACAAAGGAGAUGAUGGCGAUCGGCCGGGCGGUCAUGAGCCGCUGGCUGGUUGAGGAACUGUUCGAGCGGUACUUCCACCCGGCGCUGGACAUGACGCUGAGCCAGCAGCUUAAGACGAUCGAGAUGAACCUGCGCCGGCAGCAGGGGAAGACCUACACUGAUGAAGACAAGGAGAACGCCAUCGCCCGUAUUUCUAACUGGCGCCGCACCACGCUCGACGGGCUUCCUGAUGCGCUGCAAGGGGCGGCUGCGGAUGAGCACCGCACACAGCUGAUCAACCGGCUGGUCGAUGGGCUGGUCGCCACGCUGACGGCGCAUCUGUGCGAUCCGCCGCCCGCGGGGCUCGACAGCGCCGCGCGCAUGAUCGUCGAAAACGCCGUCGGAAUUGUCGACAAGAUUCCGCUGGAGUCGCGCGACAUUUGCGUCGAAUACGUGCUGCCUGGGACCCCGAUCCAGGAACUUACGAUGAAAGUCGAGACCGGCAUCAAGCCGUUGGGAGGGGCGGAUGCGCGCGCGUCGACCGACCAGGAGCGGGCCGAAGGAGACGAACCGGCGGAGGGCGAGCAAGAGAACCGCAGCAAGCGGUCAGUGUUCAGCGCGUUGAUGAACCGGGGGAGUCGGGCUGCGCCGACAGAGGACGCCGGUCGUCCGGAGGAGCGAGGGCCGCCGCGCGUGCGGCUGGCGACGUUUGUGUUGGCGGAAGUGCGCGGACGGGGUCCGAUGAAUGUGUUGGUCAAGGCUCCUGUAUAUGCGAUGGAAUAG